ACUACCUAAUACUACUAUAACAAACACCGUUCAAGAUUAACACACGCUUGCGACACCACCGUCCAGGUCUCUCGCCGUCCCGCCAGUGUGACUGUCAGUCGUUCCCCUCGAUCCAAGCAAGACCCCAAUUCUCGCCGUAUACUCAUUCUCCGCCAGCCGCAUACCCGACGGCCAUGGACGCCCUCUCUGUAACUCCGCCGGAAUCCGCCUCUCCCGCUUCGGCGGAGCACCUUGUGAUCAGCAUCCACGGCCCUCCCUCUCCUCUAGUGCCCGGAGACACUGGCACCGACAUUAGGAGCAUUAAUUCUUCUGCUGAGAAUGAAGACAGAGGCGGCAGCGCGGCGGCGGCGGAGGAUGCCGGAGAUCGGUGGAAGGUGCUGCCGGAGGAGCUUUGCCUGAACGUGGUGAAGCUUUUGUGCAAGUCGACCGCGGAUGGGGGAAUUUGCGAGGUUUAUGUGAUUGGAACUGCUCAUGUUUCUAAGGAAUCAUGCCAAGAAGUUAAAGCUGUAAUCGGAUUUAUAAAACCACAGGUUGUUUUCUUGGAACUAUGCCCCAGUCGUAAGGCUGUACUUUUUCCUCAGAAUUUAAAGGUACCAACCAUGAGAGAUAUGGUGGAGAUGUGGAAGACACAGCGCGAUAUAUUUGGAAUCCUGUACAGCUGGUUUCUGGCCAAGGUUGCCAGCAAGCUUGAGGUUUGCCCUGGUUCUGAGUUUCGGGUGGCAUGUGAAGAAGCGCUCAAGUAUGAUGACAACGUGCAAGUUAAACUUGGUGAUCGCCCGGUACAAAUUACUUUGCAAAGGACAUGGGCAAAGAUGCCACUUUGGCAUAAGAUAAAAUUACUUUAUUCCGUGGUUUUCCAAGCAUUCUUUUUACCAAGCUCUGAAGAUCUCAAUAAAAUGCUGAAGGAAAUGGAUGAUGCUGAUAUGUUGACUCGUGUGAUUCAAGAUAUGAGCAAGCAAUUCCCCACUCUCAUGGAAACCCUUGUACAUGAGCGAGAUCAGUACAUGUCAGCAACUUUAUUAGAAGUUGCUGGUACGCACAGUUCAAUUGUUGCAGUUGUCGGAAAGGGGCACCUGGAGGGAAUAAAGAAGUACUGGAAUCCAUCUGUUGAGCUGGAGCACCUUCAGCAUGCAGAUAUGCCUUCACGGAGGCUGGCUAUUUCAGCAGUGAAGCUCCUCACAACUGUAGGGGUGGCAGCUGCUGGUGUGGCCAUGAUUUCUGGCCUUUGCGUAGGCUGGCUAUUUUAGCAGCGAAGCUCCUCACUCUGUACUCCUUACUCAUGAUAUAUCCGCAGUAUGGAAGUAACAUGAAUAGCUCACCACAUAAAAUGAAAGUGUAUAUAUGUACAUGCAGAUUGCACAAGGUUAUAGCUCCCGACAGGUCUAGCUACCUGGACUUCUGGCUCGAUGCUCAAAGUUAAGGGGAGGGAAAUACAAAACUACCGGGUGUUGGUUUCAAUAGUUAGAUACUUGAUUUUCUCGCUUAAUAUCUGGGUUCAAGGUUCCAUAGCUUGUUGGUGGGACUAAACUUACUCUUUAGCUCUCAGAAAAUGAGGAGGGCCCUAUGUUUCAACGUCUUUGAUAAGUGUAGUCACCCCUGUAGAUGAGUGUGUGGUGCUGAUGUAAUAUCCAU